GCCCGCUCCAGGGCCGCGUCUCCAGCGAGUAACGGGUUCGUUUCCUCGCGGUGCCUCCCCGACCCGACGGGACGGCCCCGGGAGGAGGCGGACGGCCCCAGCCGGAGACGGGGGCGGUGUUGGUGAUGCCCGGGGCGGCGGGAGGUUGCCGUGCUUCUCGGCGGGUGCGGAGCGGCGGCUCCGGAGAUCACGAGAGCAGGCUCCAACAGGAGCAAGACUGCCCAGGAUGUCCAACUGCCUGCCAAAACUGACCACAGGGCUGCUGAGCCACAGGCUCGGGGUUCUGUUGAUCACCUUUUCAUUUGUGUUCUUGACCUCUGUCAUGUUCUACUGGAGAAGUGAGGAGGAUGCUGAGGGCCAGUUCUACAGCUGGCCUACACAGUUUUUGCCUUACCUUCCCCAUCCCACCGCCGGUGGGCCCCCUCCUCCACCAGGGGACGUGUUUUUUGUGGAGACCUCGGAGCGAACUGACCCAAGUUACCUGUUCACAUGCUCUGUGGAGUCAGCAGCCAGGACGCACCCUGGGACAAGGGUCGUGGUGCUCAUGAAAGGUUUGCCUAGUGGGAACGCCUCAUUACCCAACCACUGGGCAUUAUCCUUGCUCAGCGGCUUCCCCAAUGUGGAAAUCCGGCCCCUGGACUUGCCAGAGCUUUUCGCAGGGACGCCUCUGGCAAAGUGGUACUUGCAGCCUGAGCACCAGAAGGAACCUUAUUACUUACCCGUCCUUUCUGAUGCCUGCAGAAUUACCAUCAUGUGGAAGUUUGGUGGCAUCUACCUGGACACAGACUUCAUUGUGCUUAGGAACUUGAAGAACCUCACCAAUGCCCUUGGUAUUGAGGCUAACAAUCUACUGAAUGGGGCCUUUCUGUCCUUUGCACCCAAGCAUGAGUUCAUGGCGCUUUGCAUGCAGGACUUUGUGAAUAACUACAAUGGCUGGAUCUGGGCGCACCAGGGCCCAGGACUCUUAACGCGUGUCUUCAAGAAGUGGUGCUCCAUCAGUAAUAUCCAGAACAACAUGAACUGCAAAGGAGUGCGUGCUCUCUCCCCAGAAGCCUUUUAUCCUGUUCACUGGAGUAACUGGAAGAAGUUAUUUGGUACCAUCAGCUCCUCGGAGCUUCACAGUCUCCUUAAGAACACCUAUGCAUUGCAUGUAUGGAACAAACUGAGCCACGGGACAAAGCUAGAGAUCACGUCCCAGGCUUUGCUGGCUCAGCUGUAUUCUCAGUUCUGCCCUGCCACAUAUGUGAAGAUGAAGGAGGACUCUGGAGAGCCGUAAUGUGACCUGCAGGCCCUUGGCUGCUGGGAAGUUCCCCAACCCGAGGGAAACGGAGUGCCUGUCACCUUCCACAGAGUUGGUUUCUAGCCCGCGGAGCAGGUAUUCUGUGUGACUGCUCAGCGAUUUUGUACCAUUUCUGAUAUCUGCCUCAGAUCCCACGUGCUUCAAAUAUACACUAGAACCCGA